AUGUGGGCUCAACUUCUUCUAGGAAUGUUGGCCCUAUUGCCAGCCAUUGCAGAAGAACUUGUCCCAAACUACCUGGUGACAUUGCCAGCCCAGCUUAACUUCCCCUCCACUCAGAAGGUUUGUUUGGAUCUGAGCCCUGGGUAUUAUGGUGUAAAAUUCACUAUUACUCUGGAGACCAAGGACAAGACCCAGAAAUUGCUAGAACACUCUGGAAUGAAGAAGAGGCACUUACAUUGUAUCUCCUUUUUGGUACCGCCUCCUGCUGGUGGCACAGAAGAAGUGGCCACAAUCCAAGUGUCAGGAGUUGGAAAUAGAGUCAGAUUUGAGGAGAAAAAGAAGGUUCUAAUUCAGAGGCAGAGGAGUGGCACUUUUGUACAGACUGAUAAACCUCUCUACACCCCAGGGCAGCGAGUGUAUUUCCGCAUUGUCACCCUGAACAGCAAUUUUGUUCCAGUGAAUGACAAGUACUCCCUGGUGGAACUGCAGGAUCCAAAUAGCAACAGGAUUGCACAGUGGCUGGAAGUGGUGCCUGAGAAAGGCAUUGUAGACCUGUCUUUCCAACUGUCAUCAGAGGCAAUGCCGGGCACUUAUACUGUGGCAGUGGCUGGAGAGAAGACCUUUGCAACUUUCAGUGUGGAAGAAUAUGUGUUGCCUAAGUAUAAGGUGGAAGUGGUGGAACCUAAGCAGUUAUCGACGGUGGAGGAAUCUUUCUUAGUAAAAAUUUGUUGUAGGUACACCUAUGGAAAGCCCAUGCUAGGGGCAGUGCAGGUGUCCAUGUGUCAGAAGGCAUUUACCUACUGGUAUCAUGAGAGGGGAAGGGAGCAACUACCUGACAAAUGCAAGAAACUCUCUGGACAAACUGACAAAGCAGGAUGCUUUUCAGCCUUUGUGGACAUGUCCACCUUCAACCUCACUGGCCACAUGUACAGCCAAAGCAUCGAUAUAGUGGCUACUGUAGUGGAGGAAGGGACAGGUGUGGAGGCCAAUACCACACAGGAGAUAUACAUUUCUUCACAAAUAGGAUCAGUGACCUUUGAAGACACCAAUAAUUUUUAUUAUCCCAAUUUCCCCUUCAGUGGGAAGGUAAGAGUUAGGGGCCAUGAUGGCACUGUCGUCAAGAAGCAUUCAGUGUUUCUGGUGAUUUAUGGCAUAAAUGGAACUAUCAACCAGACCCUCAUUACUGACAACAAUGGCCUUGCUCACUUCAAGCUGGACACCGUCCCUUGGAAUGGGACAGACAUUUCUCUGGAGGGCAGGUUCCAAAUGGAAGAUAUUGUAUAUAAUUCAGAGCAAGUGCCUCGCUACUACCAAAAUGCCUUUCUGCACCUGAGACCCUUCUACAACACAACCCGCAGCUUCCUUGGCAUCCAUUGGCUAAACGACGUCUUGAAAUGUGGCCAGCCCCAGGAAGUGCUGGUGGAUUAUUACAUUGAUCCAUCUGAUGCGAGCCAUGACCAAGAAAUCAUCUUCUCCUACUAUUUAAUAGGCAAAGGGAAUUUGGAGAUGGAGGGGCAGAAACACUUGAACUUUAAGAAGAAAGGACAGAAAGGCUCCUUCUCUAUCUCACUGACCUUCACUUCCAGACUAGCCCCUGAACCUUCUCUGGUCAUCUACGCCAUUUUUCCUGGUGGAGGUAUAAUAGCUGACAAAAUCAAGUUCUCAGUGGAGAUGUGCUUUGAUAAUCAGGUUUCCUUUGGUUUCUCACCUGCCCAGCAACUUCCAGGAGCAGAUGUGGAACUAGAGCUGCAGGCAGCUCCUGGGUCCCUGUGUGCAGUCCGGGCUGUGGAUGAGAGUGUGUCACUACUUAGACCAGAGAGAGAGCUGAGCAACAGUUCUGUCUAUGGGAUGUUUCCAUUCUGGUAUGGCCAAUACCCCUAUCAGGUUGCUGAAUAUGAUGAGUGUCCAGCAUCAGGCCCAUGGGACUUUCCUCAACCCCUCAUUGACCCUGUGCCUGAAGAACGUUGGAGCAGGCGUUCUGUUUUCUGGAGGCCCUGGUUCUCUGAAAGCACUGACCUUUUCAGCUUUUUCCAGGACAUGGGCCUGAAAAUACUGUCCAAUGCCAAGAUCAAGAAGCCAGUAGAUUGCAAUCGCCGGUAUCCAAAUUACGCCACUGCAUUUGCAAGCGGCGGUAUUCUUCGAGAGGGUUUUGAGUCAUCAUCUUCAUCAUCUCAGUCAAGGGACUCUCAGGUCCGCCAGUACUUCCCAGAGACGUGGAUCUGGGAUCUGUUUCCUAUUGGUAACUCUGGGAAAGAGGCUGUCCAUGUCACAGUUCCAGAUACCAUCACCAAGUGGAAGGCCAUGACUUUCUGCACCUCCCAGUCCAGAGGCUUUGGUCUUUCACCCACUGUUGGACUAACUGCUUUCAAGCCAUUCUUUGUUGAUCUGACUCUCCCUUACUCGGUAGUUCGUGGGGAAUCCUUUCAUCUUACUGCCACCAUCUUCAAUUAUCUAAAGGACUGCAUCAGGGUUCAGACCAAACUGGCUAAAUCAGAUAAGUACCAGAUAGAAUCGUGGGCAGGCUCUGAGGUCUCCAGCUGUCUCUGUGCUGAUGAAGCAAAAACCUAUCACUGGAACAUCACAACUAUCAAAUUGGGUCAGGUAAACUUUACAAUUAGUACUAUGAUUCUGGACAGCAAUGAGCUCUGUGGAGGCCAGAAAGGGUUUGUUCCAGAAAAGGGCCGAAGUGAUACACUUAUUAAGCCAGUUCUGGUCAAGCCUGAGGGAGUCCUCGUGGAGAAGGCACACAGCUCACUGCUGUGCCCUAAAGGAAAGGUGGCUUCAGAAUACAUAUCCCUGGAGCUCCCUGUAGAUGUUGUUCCUGAUUCAGCCAAGGCUUAUGUUACUGUUCUGGGGGACAUUAUGGGCACAGCCCUGCAGAACCUAGACAAUCUGGUGCAGAUGCCAACAGGCUGUGGGGAGCAGAACAUGGUCAUGUUUGCCCCCAUCAUCUAUGUCUUGCAGUACCUGGAGAAGGCAGGGCUGCUGACUAAGGAAAUCAGGUCUCGGGCAGUGGGUUUCCUGGAGAAAGGGUACCAGACAGAACUGACGUACAAACACAGCAAUGGUUCAUACAGUGCCUUUGGGGAGCGAGAUGGAAAUGGAAACACAUGGCUGACAGCCUUUGUCACCAAAUGCUUUGGCCAGGCUCGGGAAUUUAUCUUCAUUGAUGACAAGAACAUCCAGGAUGCUCUCAAGUGGAUGGCAGGAAACCAGCUCCCCAGCGGCUGCUAUGCCAAUGUGGGAAAGCUCCUUCAUACGGCUAUGAAGGGUGGUGUUGAUGAUGAGAUCUCGUUGAGUGCAUACAUCACAGCUGCAUUGCUGGAGAUGGGAAAGACCAUAGACUACCCAAUGGUGAGUCGGGGUCUGCAAUGUCUCAAGAAUUCUGUCACUUCCACCACCAACCUCUACACACAGGCCCUCCUAGCUUAUACUUUCUCCCUGGCUAAGGAAAUGGACAUCAGAAAUAGUCUUCUUGAAAAAUUAGAUCAACAGGCUAUCAUCUCAGGAGAGUCUAUUCACUGGAGCCAGAAACCUCCUCGGCCAUCGAAUGCCACGUUUUGGUCUGAGCCCGAGAGUGUAGAUGUGGAGCUCACAGCAUAUGUAUUGUUGGCCCAGCUUAUCAAGGCCAGCCUGACUCAAAAGGAGAUAGCAAAAGCCACCAGUAUAGUGGCUUGGCUGGCCAAGCAACGCAAUGCAUAUGGGGGCUUCUCUUCGACUCAGGAUACUGUAGUUGCUCUCCAAGCUCUUGCCAAAUAUGCCACCACUGCCUAUGUGCCAUCUGAGGAAGUCAACCUGGUUGUAAAAUCCACUCAGAAUUUCCAGCACACUUUUAAUGUGCGGACAGUUAAUCGGUUGCUAUUUCAGCAGGAGACUCUACCUAAUAUCCCUGGAGUGUACACCUUGGAAGCCUCCGGCCAGGGCUGUGUCUAUGUGCAGACGGUGCUGAGAUACAACAUUCUCCCUCCUAAAAAUGUGGAGACCUUUAGUCUUAGUGUGGAAAUUGGAAGAGCUAGAUUUGACAAACUUACUUCACCUCAAUCAUUGACUCUUAAUAUCCACACCAGUUAUGUGGGAAGUCGCAGCUCUUCCAAUUUGGCCGUUGUGGAGGUGAAGAUGCUAUCUGGGUUCAGUCCCAUGGAGGGCACCAAUCAUUUACUCCUCCAGCAAGCACUGGUGAAGAAGGUCGAAUAUGGAACUGAUACACUUAACAUUUAUUUGGAAGAGCUUGGUAAGAAGACUCAGACUUACACCUUCACCAUCAACCAAAGGGUGUUGGUCACCAACCUGAAACCAGCAACCAUCAAAGUCUAUGACUACUACCUACUAGAUGAGCAGGCAACAGUUCAGUAUUCUGAUCCCUGA